UGUUGGUGCUCAUUACAAUGGCACGUCUUACACUUCUUGCAUUUUGCUUGGUGCUCUUAUUUGCUCUUGAUUCCGCAAUUUCCUGGGGGAAUUCCGAUGUAAGUUUGGAAACCAACAAUAAUAUCCAAGAUUGGGAAGACAAUCACAUUACUCAGAACCUGAAUCAAAUUGACACAAUAAUGGAAAAUAAUAAUAAUUUGAUCGGUAGUGUUCAAGCCAAUCGAAUUUACAGUUCGCACAAUGCGUAUUUUCCUUAUUUUCAACCGCGUAUCACAACGCCCUCAACUCGAGUCACAAUAACGUACAAACUCGGAAAACGAGUCAGCGGUGAUCGACUUGUAAGUUCUGGCACACAAAAUCAACAAUGGACACUCCCGCAAAAUAUAUCUCAGAGCUUGAUUUACCCAAGAAACGGUGUUGGUGCUAUUGUUACUUACAUUGAAGUUGUUGUUGAGCAG